AUGCAUAUGAUAUCUGAGAAAAUCACCGACCUGUCGAUGGACGUGGACGGUAAGAGACAAAAGAUAUACGGCCCCGAGCUGUGUAUGAGGUUGGCCCGACACGACGGUAGGAAGUACGCAGAAUUGUCGCUUGAAAAUGCGGACAACUACCGGCUCUUCGCAUUGGGAGCUACCCUAGCGGAGGUCAACUGGUGGCCGAAUGGGUACCAGGUCAAUGUCGAGGGGCAGAAAGAAUCAUAUUAA